UGCUCGCCCUUUGCCCAAAAGUGUCCGGCGGCGAAGAUAGUCUGCUGGUACAGACCUGCUGGACGUCCAUCCUGCAGCGGAUGAAAAAGCCUCGGGGUCAAGGAGAAGGAAUCCAAGUUUAAAAACCCCAAACAGCCGUCUCCCACCCACCCCACCCCGCAGCCUAUGGAUCGUGGGGCACCUGCCAUUGAAAAGCCCCCACUCUGCACAUUGCCCGAAGACCCGAAGCACUCUGUUCCCUCUGGCUGCAGGAAAUUAUGUCGGCUGAUUCCUUCCAACUUCUGGGAGGAAGCGAAGAAGAUCUUGGUGUUGUCCGGGCCCCUGACGGUGAUUCAGCUCCUGGUGUUCAUGAUCCAUGUCGUCAGUACGAUAUUCUGUGGCCACCUUGGGAAAGUCGAAUUGGCCUCCGUCACCCUUGCAAUUGCGGUUAUCAACGUGACCGGCCUUUCUAUAGGUUUUGGAUUAUCUGCAGCCUGUGACACGUUAAUAUCUCAG